CUUGGUAAGCCGGAGGCGGGUUUGAGGUGGUUUUGGGAGCCUGUGGAGGGGUCUGGCCUGCAUGAUUUGAUAUACACGGGAUGUUCUAGUGUCACCCAUGCCAUAAUACGUGUUAUGUGCGAGAGAUGGCACAUGGAGACCAGUAGUUUUCAUCUACCUGUGAGGGAGAUGAACGAUCACUGUAAUAUUUACCAGAACUCCCAUCGAUAACUGCUUUUCCAAUAAUAGAAGUUUCCGGUUCUUUUCUGCGAUUAUAUAUUUUUGACUGCCCCAGUUUAAUUGACACAAAAUGCUGUUAUAGAAUGGCUUUUUCUUGGAUGGUACAACUCCUGCAGGUGCAUGUGAAAUCCGAUCUCCCAAAGUGUUUCAUUGAUAUUAUUAUUCCUAGAACUCAAAUUCCAAUGUGGUGCAAUACACAAAAUGUGGGUAGUUCAAUAAGGAUGGAUCCAUCACCUAGCACGGGUGACAAGAACUUAACAUUUGUAGCACAUGAUGAUCCAAAUAGUUUAGGUGAAGGAAUAAAUUUUAAAUCUUCAACAUCGCAUUAUGAUAUUAGUUGUCUUGAAUUGGCAGCUGAUGUUUGGCAAGUCCCCGGUUUGCAUUUUGAGGUAAAGAACUGUGGUUACAGAUGGAUAUUUGAGGAGGAUCUGGAGCAAUUAAACCCACAAAGUGGAAAUUCAUCAGUUCAAAACAUGUAUCAAACAAACAAAUGAUCAGCCAUAUCAUUUAGCUGAUUAAUGAAAAUCCCAGA